AGUGCCUUGGUAUAUUCUGGGUAUAUUCUGGGUAUAGUGUCUUGGCAUAUUCGGGGUACAAUGUCUGAAUAUAAUGUUUGAAUAUGAUGCGCGAGUAUUAAUGUCUAGGUAUACUCUGAGUAUUAAUGUCUGGGUGUACUGGGUAUAAUGUCUGGGUGUACUGGGUAUAAUGUCUGGGUAUAAGGAGUAUAUUCUGGAUAUGUCUGUGUAUUGAUGUGCUGAUAUAAUGUGAUGUUAUUGUCUGGGUAUACCGGUAAGAUGGCUGGGUAUAAUGUAUGGGUAUACUGGGUAUAUUAUGGGCAUACUAUGGAUGUUACGGUCUUGGUUUACUGGGCAUGGUGUCCUGGUAUAUUGUGUGGUUAAAAUUUUCUGGGUAUACUGGGAAAUUAGGUAUAUUCUGGAUAUGUCUGGGUAUCGAUGUGUUGAUAUAAUGUGAUAUUAUUUUUGUCUGGGG